CCUCCAUACAUACGCCACCGGCCAAUCUUGGCUCCGGCCGUGCUUGCGUGAGCUUCCUUCAGAGUUUGUGUGACAAUCCGCCGCUCUGGCGUUGAGCACCUAGUGGCUGUGGACCCAGGCAUUGUUUCAAUGUGGCAGCGUGCAUGGAGAAAAGGUGCACGGACACGAGGCAAAGCAUUUUCCUCCUGCUUUUCACCAUGCCCCAAGUUUACGAGCAAAAGACCGACAAGCGAGAGAACGAUGAAUCAACCUUCGAGCGCGAGAGGGCCAGCGGGAAUAAGCUCUGGAGCGUCUACAUCUCCGAGGCGGAGAGCUACGAUCAUGGUCUCAUUGAUGGCUGGCGCAGCGAGAUGGAUGGACUGCUGCUAUUCGCUGGUCUCUUUUCCGGGGUCGUCACGACAUUUAUUAUCGAUAGCUACAAGACGCUUAACCCCGACUCGGGCAGCCAGACCGUGGUGCUGCUCAGCCAAACGGUUCUGUUGCUUAGCCAGAUCUCGCAACAACUUGCGAACAUGAACAAUGAGACUGUAAUGGCGGACGCACUUCCUCCCCCUGCUGCUUUUUCACCCUCGGUCUCUUCCCUUGUCUGCAACGUCCUCUGGUUCACGAGUCUUGCCCUCAGCUUGUCGAGCGCACUCGUCGCGACUCUGGUCAAGCAGUGGGCGCAGGAGUACGAGCACCGCACGUCGAUGUUCUCUUCCCCCUCUGUCCGGUCCCGCGUGUACAUGUAUCUCUACUACGGCUUGCGCCGCUUCAACAUGCACGCCGUUGUCGGUGUUCCCCCGCUUUUGCUUCACGCGGCACUGGUCCUGUUCCUUGCGGGUCUGGUAGCAUUCCUCGUGCCCGUCAACAUCAUUAUUCUGGCUAUCACAUCUGCUCAGCUGCUUCUCUUCAUCUCGGUUUACGGAGUAUUCACCGCCCUUCCGUUGUUCUUCUCCGACUGUCCGUACCAAACACCCCUCACGCGAAUCCUCUGGUCGCUGAAUCAAAGCUUCGGAAACUCGCUGAGGGCUUCUUUGUGGAAGGCAGUGGCUGUUUGUAGCGUCUUACUCCGAGAGAGAGUCGACGUGACAGACCCCGAGAAAACCCCUCCAUCUGCGGUGAUAAGCCCCGACGCCUCUUCCGAGCCUUCUGCGCCUGCGAAAACCCGUCUCCAGUUCCUCAGCAUGACGGACGCCGUGAAAUCAGCAGCACUGCACCCUCCUCUCAAGACGGAGACCCAGACACUUGCGUGGACUGUCCGGUCUCUCUCUGACGAUGAGGAGCUUGUGAAACUUGUCGAGGGACUUCCCCAGACGAUGUGGGAUUUCGAUAAGAACAAGCCUCGUAGCGUGUAUCAUGCAGUAUUCCAGUCGCUGUUGUGCGAUCCGAAAGUCCACCUCGGCCAGCGUCUUGCCGAGUUCAUGGCUGGCUCCAACAGCAAUCUACUCGAGCCCACGGACCGCCUCCGCCGCCAGCUCUCCGUGCUCCGGGCCAUCUGGGCCAUCUGCGCGUUCUCUCUUCACAUGAAAUCGCCUCUGCAAAGUCCGAUUGGAGAAGCCCACGUGGACAACGCGCUGCUCGGCUCAAAGUUUCUUGAUUCGCCUGACGUGCAGAGCAUGGUCCUUGACGUGUCCGCUCUGAUACGUCUAAACGUCAUUGAGUCUCGGAGCCGAGAAUGGGCCCCCACACAGUCGGGCAGCUCUAACGGUGACAUCGGCGCCGACGCAGAGAAGCAAAGGCACAUGGACAUGCUUCGCACGUACGCGCAGUAUCUGCUGGCACUUCCCAAAUGCGCUGCCACCUUCCAACGGGAUGUGACCACUUCCCUCUUCCACCGUUCACAAAUCCGAUGCACAGAAGCGGGCGGCUACAAAAUUCUACAAGACGCUCUCCGAAAGCUGAUCGAAUACGCCCCAGACCAAGCAGCGGACAAUCUCGUCUUUGCCGCUCGCCAGAUCAUCACCGCGUUUGCCCAGACAUCGGACUAUCCACGGGGGCUGUAUCUCUUCGGUCUUGGGCCGUUCCUUGUCCAGCAUCGGUCUCUCGCCGUCUCCGACCCGAGGGCCGACUUGAAACCCUUUUCGAAGCGUCAUUACACCCGAUACCUGUGCCACUGUUUAUGCGACAACUUGAAGAACGAAUCGAAUCCCCGGGCAUCUUUCGACGCCCUCCAGCUGAUCUACGGGCAGCUGCUUGACUCCCCUGUGCCACCAAGAGACUUCGAUACCCAUUUGUCGGUCCUCUACGCUCUGCGCAGCUCUGGGGUUCAAGCAGCCAACAUCCGCACGCACCGUUUGGUUGCCAGCGUCCAGUCAUUUGCGCUCAAAACUUUUCCGCUGGAUUCGUCGGAAUCAAGUGAUCUGUCGGGAUGGGAGAAAUUGCCAAGCAUCUUCGAGGACGAGGCCUGGUUCAGCACCGUGAUUGGCCUGGACAACGGGAAGCUGACGGAGCGGGCAUUGGCACCGCAAGUUUACGGCUGUGCAUGUGUGGGUGUUGUGACCACUUUCUUCGAGCUGUGUGCGGCCCAGAGCCCGGAUCAAACGGAGCGCGACCUGGACUUCGAGACGCUUAACUCAAUAUGCAACACAGUCAACGGCAUUUCCUCGGUGAUUCCGCCUGAACUGCAAUGCCGAUUCGCUGACGCCGCCUCGGAAUUCAUCAACAUAUAUCCGAAGGACUGUCUUGCGGAUGAGUUUAAGCUCUACUGGGUACUUUUUUGGGCCCUCAAUGAGCACUGGGGUUGGAUCACCGAUCUGGAUGCAUUGCGCGUUCUGGAUACGGCUGUGUUGGACGUGCAGAUAGCCGACCAGCAGGAAGAGAAUCAGCAAGAAUCACACAAGGUAAAUGCUGAAAGGAUCCGGGAAGCGGCUCUGUUCCGAGAACAUCUGUCCCGUGAGGAAGUGAAGGGACGAAGUGCAUAGAGUGUGUCAUUCUCUUGUCAUUGAACCUACAAUCAUGCGUGUCUUCUGUAUGUAUGAUGAGAUCCUCUUCAGUG